UCAACGUUGUACUCUCCCCCAUCGUCGCAUCGCAUCCAGUCGGAAGGAGCCCAGAGCAAGCAGCAUGCCGCCAUCCGAGACCGACCCCCUGCUGGGCAACAACCACGACGAUGCGCACUCGUCCGCCAGCAGCGACGACCACUUCAUCUCGGGCAACGAGCACGAGCUGGCGUCCGUCGAGAAGGGGCGCACAAGCGCAUGGGGGUACUUGGGCAAAGCGUUCAGCGCGACUGCCUUCUUCAAGAUCUGGCCCAGUCUCCUGUUCUUAGGGCUGUGGGCGACCGCCGUCGUGCUGGUCAACAAGCACACGAGCUGGGCGCUGCACUUCCCCAAUACGAUGCUCACGGUGCUGGGUAUCAUGCUGGGCCUGGCGAUCAACUACCGCGUGUCGACCGCGUACGCGACGUACCGCGCCGGAAGGGUCCACUGGUCCAAGAUCACGCUCGGCGCGCGCAACUGGGCCCGUGUAGUCUGGCUGCACUGCCCCGAGAGCACACAAAACGUCGGCUGGGUCGCGCCGGACGAGGCAGCAAAGGCCGCCGACCAGGCGCGCGGCGUGCUCGAGAAGAAGACAAUGGUGACUAUGGCCCUGGCGUUUGCAGUGGCUACCAAGCACCACCUGCGGCACGAGCACGGCAUCUACUACGAAGACCUGUACUACCUCGUCAACUUCCUCCCCUCGCUGGCGUCCGACCCGGCCGACAAGCCAGUCUCAUUCCCGCCUCUGCCGGCUGUCCCCGCCGCCCCCGGCGCGUCAGCGGCGUCGGCCAGUGCCGCAGCCCCGCCAAAGGCCGCCAAGCACAAGCCGGUGCUCCACAAGGCCGAGAACCCGGGCCUGCACGCGCAGCCGUCGUGGCUCAAGCGCGUCGUCAAGAAGAUCUUCCAGGACGGCUUCAAGGGCACGCGGGCGGCGCGCAAAAAGGCCGAGCUCGGCGUCCUGGGGCUCAUCGCGGCCGGCGUGCUGGCGUUCUUGCGCACGAUUUGCUGUGUGCAGCAUGACGAGACGGCCGACCCCGAGGUCGGGACGCAGAGCGUCGACGGUGGGGCCGGGACGGGCGCUGGCGCUGAUGCUGGUGCUGGCGCGGCGGUGGUCGCUGGCGCUGCGGUUGCCACUGCUACCGUCAAGGCUGGGAAGAAGGGCAAGAAGGACAAGACGAAGGGUGGCGCGGCAGCACAGCCCGCCCCCGCUGCUGCGCCGAGCACGUCGUCGGCGUCGGCCAACGGCGCGGCGCCGACUGCAUCCGUGCCGAGGACGCACACCAACGUCCCGUUCGAAAUCACCCUCUUCAUGUCGUCGUACGUUGCCGCGCUGCAGGCCCGCGGAGUCAAGCCCAACAACACGACGUCGCAGCUGUUCAACGCGCUCUCGGCGCUGUCGGCGGCCCUCGCAGACCUCGAGAGCAUCGUGUCCACGCCCAUGCCGUGGAGCUAUGCUACGCACCUGGGAGAGGUGACGUGGAUCUACUGCCUGCUUCUGCCGUUCCAGCUGUACGACUCGGGCUUUGGCUGGGGGACGGUCGCGGCGACAGUGGUCUCGACCUACCUCAUCAUGGGCUACGCGUCCAUCGCGGCCGAGAUCGAGAACCCCUUCGGGUAGGGGCUGAACGACCUCAACCUGGGGCACUACACGCGCGCGAUCGCGCACGAGCUGGACGAAGUGACGGCGUGGGUGCCGGCUAGCCCUGACCCGCUGGUGUUCGUCAACGCAAACCAUGUCUUCGGGCCUGCGGAGCCUGGCGCCGACGAGCUCGUCGGUGAGGGUGUUGACGGGCUGCGGAAGCGGCUCGGCGGGCAUGCCUAGGGAGGGGAGAUGCAACAACGUGAUUGUGGACCACUGGGCGGCGCGGCAGUGCAGCAGGGUCGGCGGGGUGUGGCGCCGCCGCUGCCGCCGCCUCCCGACUAUUCUUGUC